ACUGUACUGCCUAGGUACUAACGUGCUGAUAAGUAAGGUAAUGGUGCGUGCCGUGCAACCACAGUGAGGUAGGUAAGGUUAGUACCUAGGCACUGAGUCACUUAUUAGUACCUCUAAAUAAGGGAUGCCGCGCGGGCCGGCUGGAUUGAUUGAUUGCCUUUUGUCGACAUCGGACCCUCCUCACAUACACAAGCUGCAAAACUCAGGCCAUGGCCCCGUUCCUCGGCCUCGCCACCCCGUGGCCUUGACGUACCUAGCAAUUAUUGAAGAACUGCUGCAAUCGUGCCGCCGCCACCAAAACAGCCGAGAAAUUCGCCGCCACGGCAGAAAGUUGCAGCGCAUCGCAUCGUGUCAAGCGCAAGGCGCCUGAGUCCGGUGUCGCCGUCACUGCGAUAUUUUAAACUCGGCCACCAAGCUCUUGACGUUUGGCUGCCCGCAACAGCAGCAGCAGCAGCAGCAGGAGCAGCAAGACCACAAACAUUGCCCUGAGCCGACAUGCCUUCACCGCAAAAGACUGUGAUUGUUGGCGCCGGCCCAGUCGGCUCGCUAGCCGCCCUGUACGCCGCACAGAGAGGCCACGACGUCGAGGUGUACGAGCUGCGGCCCGAUUUGCGGAAUCCUGGCAUUAUUCCGCUCAACUUCACAAAGUCUAUAAACCUAGCCGUAUCUGAGCGCGGCAUCAACGCCAUGAGGCUGGCCGGCCACCCUACCCUGCUCGAGACGGUCAUGGAUGGCACGAUUCCCAUGCGCGGCCGCAUGGUUCACGGCAAAGGCCCCACGGGAGCACUGUACGAGCAUUCCCAGGACUACGAUGUCAAGGGUCGCGUGCGUGCCUCGUGCCCAUCCUGGCUUGCACCAACAUUUUAGCUGGACCCGUAUGCAUUGAACCAACGCUGACACUUUGCAGGCCAUCUACGCCAUUGAUCGGUCUGGCCUCAACUCACGCCUGCUUGACGUGCUCGACUGCAUGCCCAACGUCAAGCUCUUCUUCAAUCACAAGCUCACCGGCGCUGACUUCCGCUCCUGCCGCGCCUGGUUCGAGGCCAAGGACACGGCCGCAACGCCCAACGGCCGGCCAGGGGAGAUCGAGAUUGGUUUCGACCUCAUGAUUGGCGCCGACGGUGCGCACUCGGCUGUGCGCUACCACCUGAUGAAGUUCUCCCGCAUGGACUACCAGCAGGAAUACAUCGACACGCUGUGGUGCGAGUUUCAUCUCGGCCCGCGGCACACCGGCCCCAAGGAUGGCCCCUGGGCCAAGUUCCAGAUCUCCCCAAACCAUUUACACAUAUGGCCCGGCAAGGACUUCAUGUUUAUUGCCAUUCCUAGCGAGGAUGGGGCAUUCACCUGCACUCUCUUUCUACCCAGCAAGCAAUUUGGCGAAUUGGAGGGCAACCCCUCCAGCUUGCCCGCCUUCUUCGACCGCCACUUCCCCGGUGUUACCGACUUGAUUCCCAGCGAGAGCCUAAUCUCGUCCUUCCAGGAGAACCCUCAUCUCCCUCUCAUCAGCCUCAAGUGCAGGCCAUACCACCACGGGUCUUCGGGCGUCAUCAUUGGUGAUGCGGCCCACGCCAUGGUGCCCUUUUACGGUCAGGGGAUGAAUGCCGGCAUGGAGGACGUGCGCAUCCUCUUCUCCAUUCUCGACAAGCACGCCGAGGUGUACGGGAACGAUCCCGAUGAGGAGCCGGCCACUCGGGCCACUUCCAUGUCCGCUCUUCAGCGGUCUCUGGCUUUGGCCGAAUACUCGACUGUGCGAGCGCCCGAUGCCCACGCUAUCAACAGCCUAGCCUUGCAGAAUUAUGUCGAGAUGCGGUCGUCAGUAUUGUCUAAGCGCUAUCGGCUGCGCAAAUUCUUUGAGGAGUGUUUGAGCGUUUACUUCCCUGACUUUGGCUGGCAGACUAAGUAUGCCCGAGUCAGCUUUAGCAACGAGGGCUAUGCAGCAAUUGUUCAGCAGAGCGAGCAUCAGGGACAGAUCUUGAUGGAAGGCUUUCUGGCAUUGCUUGCCAGCCCCGUUGUUAUCAUAAGCGCCUAUUAUCUGCACAAGUAUCGCAGGUUUAUCUUCUCUGCCGCUAUCAACUCAUGUACUUGGCAUUAGAGCCAGCCAAAUUCUCUUAUGAGAAGAGCCGGCAGGCUAGUGUCCCUAUAUCAUCAUGGGCAACUAUUAUAACUCGAUACUUAAAAUAAAAUGUUUACUAAAAUAGUCUCCUUUAUUACUAGCUUCUUAUAUAAUAUAUAUUUAAACAAUAGAGUAAAAUAUAAAUAAG